AUGCGUAAGGCAUUUCUACAUAUAUACGCAAGAUUAAGCAAAUCAGAGAAUGAAGAAUUACGAUCGACAUUGAAGUUUUUAACAAAUGGGAAGAAAGUGACUUCUGCAUUCUCAUCUAUUUUCGGAAAUUCUGAUACCGAAGUCACCGGGAUAUCAUCAAUUUCACCACUAUCUACACCAUACACUGAGAACUAUGAUAAAGAGGACAAACAAUAUAUUGAAAAUAUAGUUAAACUUCUAAAUGCAAAUUUGACACAACAUGAUUCUAAUGAACAAAAGAUUAGAGUUCAUUAUGAUAUGUUUUAUAAUCAACUGAAAAAUGUUCUUCAAUCAACCUCUCCUUUACAGCAAGGAACCUUAACAAGCAAUACAAAACAUAUCUCAUUAAUGUCAUCCAAACAACUGUUGAAUAAAUUGUUAUUAUCUCAAUUAACUGAAAAUUUCUCAAUAAAUGAGGCUUCGAAGAUAAUCUUAUGUAAGCAAUUUAAACAUUUUAAUGAAUUAAUGUCGAAUAUUACAUUAUUUUCUCAGAUAGAAAGACUUGAAAUAUCGUUACUAAUAUAUUAUAGAAAUAAGAAUAUUGAAAUAAUGAACAAAUAUAAUAAAGAAUGGAUAGAGAAAUUUGAUAGUUUUACUCCAGCAAUACAGAGAGUCUUUUGGAGAUGUUUAUAUGAAAAGAAUAAUAUUGAGAAGAGUAAAGAAUCAAUAUUUGACACAAUAAUAAAAUUAAAGAAUUGGGAUUCUUCUAAAGUUAUUACGUUAUAUCAAUCUUUGUUUGAAAUUGCAAAUAUAUUACCACAACAUCAAACAUUAUCAAAAAAUCAAGAACUAUUUAUCACGGUUUUACGUAUCUUAGCACCUUAUAAAGAGUUUAGAAAAUAUAUGAUUAAGAUUGUAAAAUUGAGUAUGGAGGUGAAACUGAUAUAUGAACAAUCCAAUAGAUCGAACGAAAAACAAAUUGUAAAGACUGCAUCGCAGGUGGAAUGUAUUACCACUCAAUACAAAUUUGCAACUUCAUUAAAUUUAAUCCUUCAUGACCUAUACAACAACUGUCAAUCUGAUAGCAAACUGAGAACUCCACUAUUACUUGAACUCGAAGAUAUCUUCAAGAUCAUAAGCAGUGAGGAAGAAGAUAUCAAGUCUCAAUUAUCAUUACGUUAUACAUAA